AUGAAUAACAAGACUAUGAAUUCAAACACCGGUCCGCCGCGGGUCGGCGGCGGUGGCUCGGGGACCGUGGAUCACGAACUCGUUAUCACCUCCACUUUCGGGACGCUUCUCUCCUUUGUCUAUAUCAUCGGGGUGUCCGGGAAUGUGUACACACUGGUGGUGAUGUGUCACUCGAUCCGCUUCGCCACCUCAAUGUACAUCUCCAUCAUCAACCUGGCUCUGGCGGACCUGCUCUACCUCUCCACCAUCCCCUUCGUGGUCUCCACCUACUUCCUAAAGGACUGGUACUUCGGGGAUGUGGGCUGCCGCAUCCUGCUCAGCCUGGACCUCCUCACCAUGCACGCCAGCAUCUUCACCCUCACCGUCAUGUGCAUGGAGCGCUAUCUGGCCGUCACCAAGCCGCUGGACACGGUGAGACGCUCCAAGAGUUACCGCAAGGCUCUGGCGUGGGGUGUGUGGCUGCUUUCUCUGGUCCUCACCGUGCCCAUGAUGAUAAUGGUCGCCCAGACCACCAAGAACACGCCGGACGGGGGCGUGAAGAGGAUGUGCGCGCCCACCUGGGCGCCCCUGGCUUACAAAGUGUACGUGACCGUCCUGUUUGGCACCAGCAUCAUGGCACCGGGGCUCGUUAUCGGUUACCUGUACGUCAGGUUAGCCCGCACCUACUUAGAGUCCCAGCGCAACUCUGUGAUCAGCAAAGGCAGCAAGCGAUCCCCCAAACAGAAGGUGCUGAUAAUGAUCUUCACCAUCGUGCUGGUGUUCUGGGCGUGCUUCCUGCCCUUCUGGAUCUGGCAGCUGCUGCCUCUGUACCACACCAAGCCGCUGAGCCUGGCCUCCCAGACACACACCUGCAUCAACUACCUGGUGGCGAGCCUCACGUAUAGCAACAGCUGCAUCAACCCUUUCCUCUACACGCUCCUCACCAAGAACUACAGGGAGUACCUGAAGAACAGGCACCGGAGCUUCUACAGGUACACGUCCUCGUUCAAGCAGCGGCCACCCAGCCUCUACUCGUGGGGGAAGUCUGCAUCCUCCAGCAACCAGUUUGAGUUCAACUCCGAGACGCUGGUCAUGGGGACACUGAAGUGA